AUGUUACAAAUAAUGAGAAGUUUUCGUCUUGGUUGUUAUUCAUAUUAUGAAUGUAAUAAGGUUGAUUGGAUGAUUGACAACGGUUUUUUAAAUUUACUUUAUUAUAAAAUCGAUAGGGAUGAUAAGAAUUUAAUAAUUGAUGAAAAAACUAUUUUUAAAAAAUUUCAAAAUGAUAAUAAUUCAAUCUUUUCAAAAUUAUUUAAAAAUUAUCCAAAUUUGAUUAACCUAGUUUCAGAAAUGAUUGAAAAUAAUAAUUUACAAGCAUUCAAAGUAAUAGUUUAUGAAUAUAAUUAUAUACCAACUGAAUCAAAUUUACUAUUUUCAAUUAGAUGUGGUUCAUUUUUAAUUUCAGAUUUCAUCAUGAUUGAAUCAAAGGAUCAUGUAAAGAUUACAAAUGAAUUAAAAGAUAAAAUAUGGGAAAAUUCAAUUGGUUAUCAAGCAAUAAAAUGUUUAAAUCUCAUAAAGACUGAUCAUAAUGAAUUACAUGUUAAAAAAUGUAAAUACUUCAUUGAAAAUUAUUUAAAUGAUCAAUAUAAAACUUUACCAAAACCAAUCGGUAUUGAUUUAAAAUAUGUGGUUCCAGAUAAAUAUGAAGUAUUUGGUGGGAGGGACAAUGUAAAAUCUCUAAAAAUAUAUGAUUGUUUUAAAAAAAUUUUCAAUAUGUCAAUUUAUGAAAAACCAUUGGGAUUUAUUUUAAAUUGUUGUUCAAUUGUAUCAAGCAUUUUAAAUUUACAAAGUGAACCAUUCAAUUCUCAACAUGUUGAAAGAAAAGAAAGACCAUCAUUUAUUUUAGCAAAUGAAGAAAUAAAUGAAAUGGUAUUCACAAGUACCCAAUUAUCAACAAUUAUUGGUGAAUGUGAUUCUAAUGAUGAUCGUAUUAAAAAACAUAAUGAAUUUAUUAAUGGUACUAUACAAAAUAUAUCAUCACAGGAAUUAUUUAUGGUUUCAUAUUUAAGAGGUCAACUAAAAGAAUUCUUGGAAAAUGGUUUAAUUAAUAUUGAUGAAGAAAUUGAUGAAUUUCAUCCUUCUACAGUAUUUCAUUCAUUAUCAAUUGAAAUUUAUGAAAGAAAUGAUUAUAAAACUUUUAAAUUUCUUUUAUCUUAUUAUUCAAAAAAUUCUAAACUUGUUGAAUACUUCGAAAAUCUUAAUUUUUUCUCAAAAUUUAAAAAAAUUAACUAA